CGCCAGCAGUUGCAUGAUCGUUCCCGUCACGCUUGUCCAGGACUCCGCCUGUCUGGCCCUCGCCGCCGCGAUUGGAGCUCCCGACGAGUUACCCCCGCGAUCGAUCACCGUCAUCUCCUCCCAAGGGACGAUCUCGUGAUGCUCGACUUUCGCCUCGACAUCCCGCUCACGUCUCCUCGAAGGAAGUUUCUUGUUGGCGUCGUUGUCCCAAUUCGGGCAUACAACGAAGACCCAGCGAGCUCGCUCCCCUGCCGCUUCUCUUUGUCGAUUGUUGUCGGCAUCAAGCUCAGCCAACAUCGCCUCCUUCUUCGAUUCAUCAUUACCCAUGCUGAAUCUGAGCUCCUCCCCUAAUCAAGUGGAUCUCGGAGCUCCUGAUCGCCCAAGCCUCUGCAAUCAUGAGAUGCGGCUCCUCAGCUCUCACCUCUUCUGACCCAACCGAGAGAAUUGCGAUUUUUGGGGCUUCAUCGGUGGCAGUUGGUGCUGCUAGUGAUGUCAGGAUUGGCUCCGAGACAACUUCUCGUACUGCGUUAGUUGUGUUUGUCAUUGGGAUAAUGAUAGCUGUUGAUGGUGCUUUCUAGUCCUCCAGCACCGGAUGUUGCGGCUUUGUCACGGUCAGGGGCGGACCCAGGGGAGUUUAGGGGUGUCCUGGGACACCCCUAAAUUUUGGAAAAUCGAUUGUCCAACCUCCCGUGGUAAUUUACGUAUGGACUAAAAAUUAUAAUUAAUAGUCCGGGAUACUCUGAAAUUUGAAAGAACGAUUAUCCUACUCUCAUUUGUAGUUUGCGUAUGGGAUUAUAAGUGGUA